UUUGUUACCGCGGGUGCGAUAUUGCGAUAUACGUUCCCUACGUUCCCUACCCUUUCCGUUCUUUUGCCUCUGCGUGGCAUGAGUAACGACUGUAACGAGUGGUGACACGCGCGUUGGUCUAUAUCUCUAUACGAGUUUGAUGCUCCGAAACUGUUUUGCGAUUUCGCACGUGCAUUUUACAUUGCCUUCUUCACAAACGUGUCGUUCCUGUCGUAGUGGUGAAUCGGUGACACGCGGUUAAACGCGGCCUACAGAAGGCUGCGGCUGCGGUGCGAGCAAAGGUACACACGAUCCCACACACAUUCCUCUCACGUCUCCUCAUCGUCCGUCACGUCGCUCAUCGCUUGUGCCGCGUCGCAUCGCGCUGCGCGCCAUCCGCCGCGCUGACUGUCGUCGGCCCAUCGCGAGCAAUCGUGACGGAGAGGUCAACGAGAGAGGCAGAGGCCUGGCCAUCUUGGAUGAGACAUGUCGUUUUGGGAUAAACGUCAACGGCACAGUGUUUACCGUGCGAUGGACGCCCGUCGCGUCACUUACCUCUAAUAACGCCAUCGUCUGAAACGGACAGUUUCCGUCCGUUUGGCUGAGCGUUCACGCCGACAAGGUGGUGAUCGCGGUGGGGUAUUCCCUCCGGAGGAGCACGCAAACCUACUCCACCAAGUGGUGGUCCCUUCGCGAUACCUGUGCCGCACGAUGAAUCGCGGUGACGGGUUGGUGCAGCGACGACGCGUGGUCAACAGUGGCGGCAGCGGCGCCGGUGGUGCUGGCAGCGGCCACGGCCAGGACGGCCAAAACGCCGACCUCGUUGGCCACAAUGACAAACUGUCUGGGCAAAGCCCAGACACAGACUCUCUGUCCCAGAAGGAUCUCAAUUGCAAUCCCACUAUCGAUGAUGACUCCGACAAGGAGACACGUUUGACCCUUAUGGAGGAGGUCUUGCUGCUGGGGCUCAAGGAUAAAGAGGGAUACACAUCCUUCUGGAACGACUGCAUAAGUUCUGGUUUAAGAGGAUGUAUUUUGGCAGAGCUUGCCUUUCGGGGUAGGGUGGAAUUGGAGAAGGCUGGCAUGCGUAAGAAAAGCCUAUUGGCUAGAAAGCUCCUUUUGAAAAAUGAUGCGCCUACAGGAGACGUACUGUUGGAUGAAGCUUUAAAACACUUAAAGGACACAGACCCACCUGAAACUGUGCAGAGUUGGAUAGAGUACCUCAGUGGAGAAACAUGGAAUCCUUUGAAAUUAAGGUAUCAAUUGAAAAAUGUCAGAGAACGACUAGCAAAAAAUCUUGUUGAGAAAGGUGUUUUAACAACGGAGAAGCAAAAUUUCUUAUUGUUUGAUAUGACUACUCAUCCUCUUACCGACAAUCUUGCCAAGAGUCGUCUUGUAAAAAAGAUCCAAGAGGCUGUAUUAGGCCGUUGGGUAAAUGAUGCCGCUCGUAUGGAUAGACGAACAUUGGCAUUAGUUAUUUUAGCUCAUGCCGCUGAUGUACUAGAAAAUGCAUUUGCGCCAUUGUCAGACGACGAUUAUGAAGUAGCAAUGCGAAGAGUACGGACAUUAUUAGACCUCGACUUUGAGGCGGAAGCCGCUAAACGUAACGCGAACCCCGUACUUUGGGCUGUAUUUGCUGCAUUCACCAAGUAACAGUUACUAACUCUUAAAUUUCGUGGACGCGGAAUAGUUUUCUACUAUUAAAUUCUAUUAUUAUGUAUUAUACAAUACUAUUAUUCUUAUACUAAUGUGAAUACUGAACUUAAUGAUUUUGCAUAUCUUUUAGUUGCGACAGUUAUACGAAAAUAGAUAAAAGAACAUUCUUGUUACAUGAUGAGAUAAUUCAGACCAAAUAAUCCGUACUCGACUAUAUAGAAAACUUUUAAGAAAUUUUAUUCAUUUUUGUUAUUGUUAUUUAACCCUUUGUGUCACUUUUUUUCUAGUAAACAUAAUAAUAUGAAAUUUGGUAUGCGGGUUUUGGACUUGCUGAAUAUGAGUACGGUGUGAAAAAUACAAAAUUUAAAAUAGCGGAUCCAAAAUGGCGGACAAAAUUAUCAAAAUCAUUGGAUUCACUUGAAAUUUACUACUUAGAGGUUUUCAAGGUUGCUGAUUACAAAUCUGACAUUAAAAGUACAAAAUUCAAAAUGGAUUCAACAUGACGGACGGAAUUUUCAAAAUUAAUCGAAUUUGCUUGAAAACAGCUACAGAGAGAUUUUUGGUAUCGCAAAUUACAAAUCUGGAGCAAAAAAUAUGAAAUUUAUAAUGGAAGAGCUAGUUUGGUGGAUAUGUUUAAAAAAGCUGCAACUUUGUAAAUUUUUUUUGUAUUUUUUUGUAUUUUUAUAUUUUCUUAUUAUAUUAUGAUUUAUUUGUCAUUUUAUUAUAAUAUAUCUUUAAUCUUUCAAUUUUAUUGUACCUAUUGUAAAAUAUAUUCGAAACCAAAAUCUUAUAUCUAAAAUAAAUCGUGCUAAGAAUGAUAACGUAGAAAAUAAUUAUUUAUUGAAUUCAAACAAAGAUGUACAGUCGCCUGCAUUAGAGUUGCGACACUUUCUUCGAUGGUUUUCGGAAUGUAGACUUGCUCAUUGAGCGGCGAACGUAACUGGGUCUUACCUCUCGAUCCAACCACGUUCGCCGAUGAGCAAAUCUACAUUCCAAAAACCAUCGAAGAAAAAAUGUCGCAACUCUAAUGCAGGCGACUGUAUUUUACAGGAUUUGCAAAUCCAGUAUGCAAAGGCUUAGCUUUUGUGCUACGCUGAGCACAAUGUAUAUUACUUGCCAUUCGUAGAGGUAAGUGGUCCAAAUUUUGACGUUGUUUCAAUAGAAUUUGUAUUAGCCAUAUUGGAUUCGCCAUUUUGAAUUUUUAAUUUUUGAUAUCGGAUUCGUAAUUAGCGACCUUGAAAACCUGUAAAUAGCAAAUUUUAAGCAAAUCCAAUGAAUUUGGAUUAAUUUUGUCCUCCAUAUUGGAUCUGUCAUUUUGAAUUUUGAAUUUUUGACAUCAUUCAUAAUCAGCGACCUCGAAAACCCAGAUAGAAAUUUUGAGGUAUAGAUUAUAGGGCAACAUUUUAUACAAACAAAUUUAAUCUAUAAAAACAGCAAUUUUUUGGUAUAUAUUUAUUAACAACAAAUUAUUUUUUAAAAUAUCAUUCUAAAACUUAUUUUAUUACGUAAAAGAAACCUUUAGCAAUCCAGCAAUAUCAAAUAUGCUAAAGGAAUACGUGAAACAAUUGAUUUAUUGAUAAAAUAAUCUUGGAUGGUAGGUGUAGCUCCCAGAGCUACACUGUGACGCAAAGGGUUAAUACAUAUUUAAUAGUUAAAUAACGAAUAUAUUCGUAUUUAAAUAUUAUAAAAUAAUAAGAAGCGUGAAUGUAAGCCUUGUGCUGGAUAGUAUUGUUUUAUUUGGGAAAGAAUUGAGUGCAUUACGUUGAGCUUCAGUCUACACCUUCUUGCUUGUUCAUUGUGUUUACGAAUAUAUCUAUUCAUAAACAUAAUAUAAGAUGCAGGACACUAUGCGGGGUGCCUCAAAAUGGAGAACGGGCGUGGUAUAGCGUUGAAAAAAUCUGAAUUAUAUGUUCUUAGCCAUAAUUUUGUGAAAUAUACAAGUAUGUACAUAUAUUCCUUUGAAUCCUAACUUUUAAUAUGUAGUAUAUACAUAUGUGCCUCUUUGUUUAUGUUAUAUAGAAUUUCGCAUUAUAUCCGCGAGUCAUUUAGAUUAAGGAUGCAAAUAAUUUGAUGCUACAAAUGCUUUGAAGCAUUUGAUUGACCAACCAGAAUAAAGAAUUUUAUUGAUUGACCAAUCAAAGAAUAUUUGUAACGUUAACUUCUUCGCAUCCAAAAUCGCAUUCUUUUUACAUAUUUUAUGUUUAAUCGAUCUACACAUGCAUUUUUAAUCUUUCUCCAGAAAAGAAUUUUAGAUAUUUUUGAAACCGUCAAUUAUUUCAUUCAUUAUAUAGACAAUAUUGACAGACAUUUCACACAUAACUGACCUCAUGCGAUGUUACGCGUGUCACAUUUCUGAUAAUCAUAUAAAUGUUAUGAAUUUUGUAAGAAAUUCUCUGCACAAUUACAUCUAUAUAAACGUUCAUUUUUCAUACAAAUCAUUAUAUGGGUGCAAUGUCUUCUAAUAUAAACUGAUUGUACUGAUAGUAUUACCAUGUGGCAGUAAAGUACUCAGAUUUGAAACGAAACAAAUUAUGUAUCAUUGAUUACCAAUAGUUUUAAAUUUCUUAGAUAACUGAUAAUUUCAUUGUAAUCUGAUAAUUGAACAUAUUAAUCCAUAUAUAAUACAAACUACUUGUUCUGAGAUUAUUAAAUAUAACAAAAUUUUAUGAUAGUUACAAAAUAAUUUUGUAAUUUGUUAAUGUCCUUAUGUGAAAUAAUGAAGAAGAUAUUUAUUGAGACAAAAAAGCAUUGGAGCUAAAUUUUCUUAUUUUUGAAUAAAAAAAUUAUUUUAUUUAAACAAAUUAAAAAAUAAUUUUUUAAAUUAAUUUUUUUGAUGGUUUAUAAGACCAUAUAUUUCAAAAGCAUUUUUAAAUAUGAUAUGAAAUAUGCUACGCAUGUUUUCAAAGCAUCUGAAUUAUUCUAGCUUUCUAGUUUUCUUUCCAAACGUUCUAUUAAAUGAUUAUUUGAUAAUGUAAAGAUAAUUUUUUACAGUUUAAAAUAAAAUUUUAUAAAUUUUAAUAGUGAUUUGCUAUGGAAUAUUACGAAUAUAUUAUGAUUAUAUUGAAUAUUAUUGGAUUCUACUAUUGGACGGAAUAUACAUAUAUGUAUAUUGUAAGAGUAGCAUAAAAUGUAUCGCAAAUAUUUGUAGUUACCUAUAAAAAAAUAAUU